AUGGGCAUCCAUGCUGUUAGCGUCAUGCUAGAGGCUCUCAAUAGAGAUGCCCAACAUGCUAAUGGCGCCAAGUUCAUUCAAAAUGAACUUGACGCUGAACGCGAGAAAGUAGCCUUGCUUCACCAACAAGGUUCUCAACAAGCAGAGUUGUUGAGAGAACAGGGUGCUCAACAGUUUGAACUAUUGAGACAGCAGCAGGCUGCUGCUGGUGGGUCGAUGCACUCGCGUCGACCCGAGACUUUGAAGAUUGACAUCUCUAAGUAUAGGAGAGUCGAAGAGGACUCCCUCUUGAGAUGGUUCGUCGAAUUAGACGACGCAAUAAGGGCGCGUCGCAUCGACGAUGGGGAAAUGCAAGUUGCAUUUGCCAAAUCAAAUCUGGCAGGACGUGCCAAGACUUGA